AUGCGAUCGCUCGGAUCCCGGGGAACGGGUAUGUUGGGCAUGUCGAUGAUGGGUCUUGCAAAUUUCAUUACCAACUUCACCUUUACCAACAUUGGUGCAUUAUUUGCAGCUAGCGGCGUCAUUAUGGGUAUGGGUAUUAGUAAACGAGGUCUUGCGAAUGGUGUUAUCUUCGCUGCUGGUGGCCUUGGCGGCGCAGCUAUCAGCUAUGGAUUGGACGCUUUGAUACUGCAAGUCGGGGUGCCGGCGGCAUAUUUGGUCAAGGAAAGAAUCCCUUACAAGUGUACUGGGUUUGUCGAUCGGAACCUAUUUAAAUUACCCACGUUUUUAGCCAUAUUUAUCGCUGGGGCCAUCGCCACGUUUCCCUUAUUUGUCCCUCCAUUUUUCAUACCGCUUUACGCUAAGUCUAUUGGACUACCGUCCAAUGUCGGUGCCGGAUUAGUAGCAGGUUUCAACUUCGCGUCAGCAGUCGGAAGGAUUUGCUGCGGCCUUCUCUGUGAUCGAAUUGGCGCAAUGAACGUGCUCUUUCUAUCUUUAGUUUUGACAGGGCUUAGCAAUCUAGUGAUCUGGUCCUUUUCGACAACAUUAGCCCCGCUGAUUCCUUUUGUCAUUUUGAACGGCAUGGCAAACGGUGGCUUCUUCUCGACUAUGCCCACGGUGAUUGGGAGUGUUUUUGGACCCUCUCAAGUCUCGGUUGCCAUGGGCAUGUCCGUAACAGGAUGGGCCGGUGGGUAUCUUAUGGGUUCGCCAAUCGCUGGAUACCUCCUCGAUGCAUACGGGGGAGCUGAAAGUGGCUUCAGAGCGUAUCGACCAGCCAUGUACUAUGCCGGGUCACUAGCUCUGGCUGCAGCGGGCAUCAUAGCUAUGAUUCGCCUUCAUAUCAGUAGGAACAUUCUAGCAGAAUUAUGA